AUGCUGUCUGCGCUCCGUCGCGCCUCGGCCGAGGCCGCUUCCCCGCUGCCGACGGGGAUCGUUGUCACGGACUCGAACCUGAACCCCAUCCUACAGAUGAUCACCUGGCUCUUGCUCGCGUUGACGGCGCUCAUGCUCUGCUUUCGGUUCCUGACCAAGUUCUUCCUGAGGACGAACCAACGGUUCGGAUGGGAAGAGGUGUUUAUCACGUCUGCAUUCCUCUCUGGUGUCGGUGAAUCGGUGACGUUCCUCGUCCCGGCGGGAACGAUUUUUGGCAAGGAUUCGGGGGACAUCUCGGGCGCGGAGCUGACAGCAGGCUUGAAGGUCCAAUACGUCGGGGAGCUCCUCUUUAUCCUUACCCUCGGGCUUGCGAAGCUCUCGGUCUGCGCCGGCUUCACGGCACUGUCGCUAGACACAGAACACCGCCGCCUCACCUCCAUCUUCGCCUCCGUGUCUAUAGCAUGGACCGUGGUGGCUUUUGUCGGAACUGCUUUCCAGUGUGGUGCUAGCGGGCCGUGGGAGGGGGGGGACCUCCAGUGCCUCGACAAGCACGCAUUUUUAUAUUAUGUUACUAUUUCGAACAUCAUAACAGACAUCGCGCUAAUACUGCUCCCGGUGGCCGUGAUAUUACCCCUGAACAUAGACUUCAGGGCGCGAGUCGUCGUCUUGAGUUUCUUCUCCGUAAGAAUAUUGGCUAUCAUAGCCACGGCCUUCCAGAUGACCUACAUCCCCCGCCUCUUCGAAGACAAUUUCACGUUGCGGUCCUUUCCGUAUUAUCUUAGCGCGCAAUUCGUCCAAUUCGCGAGCAUAUCCGCCGCUUGCGCCGCGUAUCUCUGGCCGUUCCUCCGCUCGUUGCGCAGCGGCCUCUUUGCGGCCGACAAAACCGGCUUCCCGUCCCCGUACGCUUUAUCCAAACUGAACAAGGGCGUGCGUAAGGACGCAGAUGUUGAUAUGUCGGCAGGUAACUCCUCGAGGAACAGGGAUCGGAGCAACUACAUCAAGAUCACCACAGACAAUACGGUGACUACUUCGACACGAAGUCACGAGUCCAAACCCCACGAACCGAUCGGGACAGAGGCGUAUAUGAAGGGCUGGUAG